AUGACUUCACCCACUCCUCUUAAAGACAUUCUUGACCAAAGUCAGGUUGAGCCCAUGGUCUCAGUAGCUGACCUAGAAAAGACUCUCAAGGAGUGUGGGUUCACAGCUGACCUAGAAUCUUGGGCUAUUGCGACAAGUGCUGGAGCUGCGCAUUAUGCUGUCGGUAUUUCCAACAAUCCUUUCAAACCUGUCGCACAAGGCCAGAUUAUUGUAAAGGUAUAUUGCGAAAAGACACCAAAGCUUGUACCAGUGCCCAAAUGGAAAACAUCCUCAAAUUCCCUUCGAUGGCAAUACCAGCCAUCCACUGUCCCCUCUCAGACUGUCAAUGUGGUUAUACGAGCCGAUGAUACGACGAAACUUGAGAUGCUUGUGGGUGCAUGUCUCAAACCCGGAAUUCGCAUCCCGUUCAGCGACAAACCAAAAAUUGGUCGCGUCACCCUCGGAUUAGUUUUUCGACAUAAUAAAGACUUGUGGGCAAUCACGGUUGCACACUCUUUUGAGACUGAAGGUGUCGAAGUUACUCAUGAGAGCAAAGAUUACUUUGUCCUGGAAUGCAAGCUCGGUGCCAAUGGGUCCCAAUGCGAACCAUGUUCUGAGAAUCGAUGUGUAGAGGGCUGCACUUUGGAAAAGGCUCAAGUAAUGGCGCAAGGACGAGGGCAGAUCUAUCGUGCGAUAAAUCGAUUGGUCUUUGACCUGGCCAUUGUGAACAUCUCAACCCCUCUCAGUUCACCUGUUAAGCCACUAGAUGUCACAGAGUUUAUCGAGCUCUUCAAGAAAAUUGGUGGUGAUGAUCCAGUUUACAACAAGACGCUACUGGACAUGGCGAAGCGUUCAAAGUCAGCGAUAGAUAAUUUUCGCGGUGUUUCCCAGCGCUACGCAAGUUCUUCCUUCUUGCAAAAGGUGGCAGCUGAUCCCGACCAUAAUUCGCUGCUCAUGUUCAAGAAGGGAAUGAACACCAACUGGACCUGGGGACUCCUCGCCGAGGCGAAUGAGAAGGAGUUUUCAGUUGUAUCCCUUGUUCCAACAGGAAAGACGCCUACAAUCAGCGAACUGGGAGACUGCGGCUCCACAUGGUUCAUUUUUGACCUGGAGUAUAAGACGGCCGUGCCCGUGGGAUAUCAUCAAGGUCGAGACUCGGCGCAGCUGGAUAUCGGAGAUGACAGUUUUGAUCUUGCAUAUGGUCAGCCUUACCACACGGCAUUUUCACAGACCUCUACUGUGUCGGGUCUCGAAACUAUUUCCCAGAUCAGUGGCUUCGAGACAGACGACAUAAACAUCAACUUCUCGUUAUGCUUUACACCUAUUGCGCAGUCCCGUUCUUGA